GGCGUGGAGGGGAGGCAGUAUAGAGGAGAGGCAGUCGGCUGAGGACGGAGCUGAGAGGACGGAGCUGAAAGGACGGAGGAGCGGAGGAGCGGGAGCCGUGGUGGAGGAGAAAGGAGGGAGGCAGGAGCGCACACUAGAGAAAGAGCCUGACGGCCGCGGAGCUGGGAAAGGAGGCAGGCAGUGGGCGCUUCGCUGCUGCUGCCCCCAGGCCAAAAAAUAAAGAAAAGAAAAAGAAAAAAAAAAAAAACAAUGCCAAUAAAAAGACGAUGAAAUAAAACACAUCGCAUCCGGGGCCACUGAACACAAAAAGGAGCGUGGACAGAGAAGAGAGGCGAGGUGGUAUCUGCUCCCGGCUGGCUGCGGCGCUUCGGAGAGGCUUCCCGGGCUGGGCGGGACCCCCAUUUUGACCCUGCAUUUGAGGAAGGGGCGACUGUGGAGAAAAUGAGGCGAGAGGGGGUCAGGGCUGGUGGCGGUUCCGCCUGUUUUUUUUUUUUUUUUUUCUCUCUCUCUCCUUUUCUGGGGGUGUGGGGGCCGGUUUAGUGUGAUGAUGGUGAGGAUAUUGGUCGGUGAUGCUGCCUGAAGCUCCGAAGCAAGCAGGGUGCAUAGGGGGGAGAGGUUCUCGACUGGACUGGGUUGGUGGCCUGAAUGUAUUAGCUUCACUGCGUCUGCCCAAGAGAAAUAAGAAUGUCUAAGCCCCUGGAGGCCGAGAAGCAAGGUCUGGACUCCCCAUCAGAGCACACAGACACUGAAAGAAAUGGACCAGACACUAAUCAUCAGAACCCCCAGAAUAAGACCUCCCCAUUCUCCGUGUCCCCAACUGGCCCCAGCACAAAGGUGGGCAUUCUCUCUGGCCUCCACUUAACAUUCUGGGGUCCCGGACCCUGCCUCUCUCCCCCCCAGAUCAAGGCUGAAGACCCCAGUGGUGAUUCAGCCCCAGCAGCACCUCUGCCCCACCAGCCGGCCCAGCCUCAUCUGCCCCAGGCCCAACUCAUGUUGACGGGCAGCCAGCUAGCUGGGCUCACGGCGCUGAUGCCAGCCCAGCAGCAGCUCCUCCUGCAGCAAGCCCAGGCCCAGCUCCUGGCCGCCGCCGUGCAGCAGUCCAGUGCUGCGGCUGCCGCUAACGCCGCUGCCGCCGCUGCCUCUGCCUCUUCCUCCACUUCCUCCACCUCCUCUUCUGCCUCCUCCUCGACCUCACAGCCCCCAGCCUCCUCUGGGGGGGGUGACCUGCCACCACCACAGCCUGCCAGCCAGCCCUCUGGGACCCCACAGCUCACCUUGUCCCAGCCCAUCCAGCUCACAGCACAGGAUAUACAGCAGCUCCUCCAGCUCCAGCAGCUGGUGCUUGUGCCAGGCCACCACCUCCAGCCACCUGCUCAGUUCCUGCUGCCGCAGGCCCAGCAGAGCCAGCCAGGCCUGCUACCGACACCAAAUCUAUUCCAGCUACCUCAGCAAACCCAGGGAGCUCUUCUGACCUCCCAACCCCGGGCCGGGCUUCCCACACAGGCUGUGACCCGCCCUACGCUGCCCGACCCGCACCUCUCGCAUCCGCAGCCCCCCAAAUGCUUGGAGCCACCAUCCCACCCCGAGGAGCCCAGUGAUCUGGAGGAGCUGGAGCAGUUUGCCCGCACCUUCAAGCAACGCCGCAUCAAGCUGGGCUUCACCCAGGGUGAUGUGGGCCUGGCCAUGGGCAAGCUCUACGGCAACGACUUUAGCCAGACAACCAUUUCCCGCUUUGAGGCCCUCAACCUGAGCUUCAAGAACAUGUGCAAACUCAAGCCCCUCUUGGAGAAGUGGCUCAACGACGCAGAGACUAUGUCUGUGGACUCAAGCCUGCCCAGCCCCAACCAACUGAGCAGCCCCAGUCUGGGUUUCGAUGGGCUGCCUGGCCGUAGACGCAAGAAGAGGACCAGCAUUGAGACAAACGUCCGCUUCGCCUUAGAGAAGAGUUUUCUAGCGAACCAGAAGCCUACCUCAGAGGAGAUCCUGCUGAUCGCCGAGCAGCUGCACAUGGAGAAGGAAGUGAUCCGCGUCUGGUUCUGCAACCGGCGCCAGAAGGAGAAACGCAUCAACCCCUGCAGUGCGGCCCCCAUGCUGCCCAGCCCAGGGAAGCCGGCCAGCUACAGCCCCCAUAUGGUCACACCCCAAGGGGGUGCGGGGACCUUACCGUUGUCCCAAGCUUCCAGCAGUCUGAGCACAACAGUUACUACCUUAUCCUCAGCUGUGGGGACGCUCCACCCCAGCCGGACAGCUGGAGGGGGUGGGGGUGGGGGCGGGGCUGCGCCCCCCCUCAAUUCCAUCCCUUCUGUCACUCCCCCACCCCCGGCCACCACCAACAGCACAAACCCCAGCCCUCAAGGCAGCCACUCAGCUAUCGGCUUGUCGGGCCUGAACCCCAGCACGGGAAGCACAAUGGUGGGGUUGAGCUCCGGGCUGAGUCCAGCCCUCAUGAGCAACAACCCUUUGGCCACUAUCCAAGCCCUGGCCUCUGGUGGAACCCUGCCCCUUACCAGCCUUGAUGGCAGCGGGAACCUGGUGCUGGGGGCAGCUGGCGCCGCCCCGGGGAGCCCCGGCCUGGUGACCUCACCGCUCUUCUUGAACCAUGCUGGGCUGCCCCUGCUCAGCACCCCGCCUGGCGUGGGCUUGGUCUCAGCAGCGGCUGCAGCCGUGGCAGCCUCCAUCUCCAGCAAGUCUCCUGGCCUCUCCUCCUCAUCCUCUUCAUCCUCAUCCUCCUCCUCCUCCACUUGCAGUGAGGCAGCAGCACAGACCCCUGGAGGCCCAGGGGGACCCGAGGCAGGGUCCAAACCUGAGUGAGGGCCAGCCAUGCCUCCCCUCCCACUCCUCUGACCCCCGCCUUGGUCUCUUGCCUGGGAAGAGGGCAAGGAGGCCAGUGGUGGGGACACAGAGGGUCCUCGGAGCAGGAGUGACAAGGGAGGAACAACCAAAAAAACCAACCAACCAAAAAAAAAAGAAAAAAAAGAAAGAAACUAACUAACCAACAAAAGAGAAAACCAAAAAUAAUCACAACAGAAACCAGCUGCCCCAAAGGAACCAGAGGUGAAAAACAAAAAAACCAAAACCAAACCAAAAAAAAAAAAAAAAAAAAAAAAAAACCACAAAAUCAAACAAACCAAAAAACCAGUCGCGAGCCAGACCUCAGUGUGCUCACACCCUCACUGCUACGACACCAAAUAAGAACCCCAGCCAGGGGCGGAGAAGCCUCCAGCAGGUCAGACCUCAUUGCCACCGAGCCCUGGUUGUGGGGCCAACCCCGAACCCUGCCUCCCCCAGUGGGGGCUACAGAAGGAAAAAGAGAAGAUGCCAGCUUCCUAGUCCUGGCCCCCAGCCCUGGACCAGCGAAGACAGGGCACAGUCUGGGCAGAUGGGCUGGGGCUCGGCACCACCCGCCAAAUGUUCUUUUCCGGAAGGUGAAAGAGAAAGGGCCUGAACAACCUUACACCAAAUAUUCAGUAGCUUCAUCCAAAGGAUGUACAGAAUUUUUAGCGUUGUGCUCAACAGAAUGUGUCCCUACCAUGUGUCCCCUUCUCCCCUGGCCCCCAGCUCUCCCCACCUGGGCAGGGGGUCUUGCUUUAACCUCCUCCCUCCCCCCAGCAAGGGGAGAGUUAAAGGGAAGGCCUGGGGAUGACUUUUCAGCCCCUCUUCCUCCCUCUUUCCCCUUUGAAGGGUGAGCUAGGCCAUUUUGCCAAGUUCUAGCUCUCACAAGUCCCUCCUCAACCCUGUCACCCUCCUCUUCUCUGGAAUCAACCGCCUCCCCAGCCUAUGGGAAGGUGGAAGUUUCAGGCAAGAGGGGAUGAAGGCAUUCAAGUUGAGGGCAUUCAGUUGUCUUUUUCCAUCCUGUCUGUCAGUUUCCCUAAAAAAGAAAAUUCAUAUUCCAGUGCCUAUCCGUGGGAUCCUUCACGUUCUUUGACAUUAACCAGAAACCAAAAAGAGAACUCGCCUCGCUUUUCCCAUCCCGUGCCCCUCUGGUACUGGCGAAUGCCUCUCCCUCCCCACACAUGCACACACGCACACACCCCAGUGGUGGGGUUCCUCGAGAUGGCAUCCCCAUCAGGGUCUAUGUGUGGGGACAGUGCCACAGCCUGUGGUCCCUUUGUGAAAAGGCAUGGUGGUGGCCACUACUCCCAUGAGACCUCCACGAGUCUUGGCUGGACCCUGUGUUUGCCCAGCCCCGGACACAUCUCCACUGACGACGGACAGAGGAGAGACGCCACUGGGAGCCACCCUGCCCUCCUGCUAUUGUGGAGGCCAACAAAGUUUUGAACCAAAAAACAAAAACAAAACCAAACAAACAAUAAAUUUAAACUAGAAAAAAAGAAUUUAUAUAUAUAUAUAAAAGGGAAAGAAGAUGAGGACUCUUCAAGAAUAAGAUAGAGCCGUGAGGCGGAGCCAAGCCCCUGCACUGGUGGUCCAGGCCCUUGGUCCCCAACGCGGACAGAAGGACGAAUGCUUCUUUCUCUUCACAAAUACCUCAUGGACGUCGUCUUUGGGAAAGUCGGAGGGGGCGGCUGGGGCAAGCCAGUCCCUCGGCCAGGGCAGAUGGAAGUGGGUGGGUGGGGCUGAGAGGGUGUCAGGGACAGGGGUGAAGAGCCCUAAACUACCCCCCGCAAUUAACUGAAAAAGCUUUAAAAAAAAGAAAGGAAAAAAAGGAGUAAGCAAAAAGAACGGACGAAGGAAAACAACUUUCGGGUGGUUUGAUUCCUCCUUUGAUUUCUUUUUCGGUUCUCUUCUGUCUGUCCUCUCUCCUUCCCUCUUUUCUCUCUCCUCUCUCUCCCUUUGCUCUCCUCUCUCCUCUCUCAAUCUUGUUCUUUCUGUGUCUCUCCUCAAACCAAAGUGUUGCAGUGAAGGACGCGAGCCAUUGAAAUCAGGGUGGGGCCUGGCAGCGCAGGGUGGCCCCCGCCCCUCACUGGGCAGGAGCAGAGGGAGGGGAGAGCCCUGAGACUGCAGGGCCGCGGCCUGGGCAGCUUCCACUUUCUCCUGGACACUCUUGAGGAGAGGCAGAUGGAGCCCCAGGCCUCAGCGUUCUUUUUUUCUUGUCUCCCUUCUCCCACCUGGGAAAUGAAACUGUUGGGCUGGGCCAUGGAGGCAGCAGAGACUCGGCCAUUGCAGGGGCCUCCGGGUGCCUUGUCCGGGCAGUGGUGGAGUGGUCGCCCCCCAACCCCUGGCACGAUGGGGCCUGGCACCUCGUCGACCCAUCCUCGCCGGAAUGUAAGCAUCUCUGCCGAAUGACUCCCUGCCCUUACCCUACCUCUGAGUUUGUCCAUGUUUAUUUCCUGAAGAGAGAAGGGACUGGCAAGAGGGCUUGGGCCCCAGCCCAAGGGUGGAGAGGGGGCCAAGGGCUCCUGACCAAAUAGGAAGGACAUGUGAGCAGAGCAAAAUGAAAGGAAUUACAACCAAAACCCCCUCCGAGAAGACAGGCAGCAUGGAAGGCAUGGUGGAGAUGACUCAAA